AUGCAGGGGUUAAACCAGUCAAAACAGCAGUCGACCAGCAGAAAACAGCCUGGACAAACUAAAUCUGCCAACAUGACCAUGGGAAAGGUUAUCUUCUAUGAGGACAGGAACUUCAUGGGGCGCUCCUAUGAGUGCACCGGUGAUUGUUCCGAUAUGCACUCUUACAUGAGCCGCUGCCACUCCUGCAGGGUGGAGAGCGGAUGCUGGAUGGUCUACGACCGCACCAACUUCAUGGGAAACCAGUAUUUCAUGAGGAGGGGCGAGUAUGCUGACUACAUGAGCAUGUGGGGCUGGGGCAACAACUGCAUCAGGUCCUGCCGCAUGAUCCCCAUGUACAGAGGAUCGUACAGAAUGAAGGUCUAUGAGAGGGAGAACUUCAUGGGUCAGACGAUGGACGUGAUGGACGACUGUGAUUCCUUCAUGGAUCGCUACAACUGGUCCAACAGCUUCAUGUCCUGCAACGUGAUGGACGGCCACUGGCUCAUGUAUGAGCAUCCUCACUACAGAGGCAGGAUGUGGUACUUCAGGCCUGGAGAGUACAGAAACUUCAGGGACUACGGUGGCAUGAGGUUCAUGAGCAUGAGGCGCAUCAUGGACUCCUGGUAUUAAAAGCAUAAUAUUUUAAUAAUGUGACAAAAAGCAAAUUUUGAAUAAAUUGUGCAAUCAAUUAUUA